UGUUUAGUUAUAUCAAUUUAUAUCAAUUUCUUCCAUUCAAACUUAGCCGGUGAUGUCACACUUCUUCGUGUCCAAUAAUACACGUUGCAUGUAAAAUACGUGGAAAUAAGAGUGCGGUAGAAGUGCUAUGCUCCGCUAGUUUUGUAACAUAAUUUUAUUGAAUUAAAAAUUAUACACUUAUUUAUAUUCUAUAUUUGAAGAAACGCUGGAGAUACAAAUUACUCACGUUAAAGUGAUCGAAUCAAACUGAAAUAACUAAAAACACCUAAAAGUCGGUAUUAAGUGAUUGUUCUCAUAUCCAAAAUAUCUAACGGCACACUUACAUUGCAAAUCGACGAAACGUUCUAAGUAUGACGCGGUUUACGUUUGCGGCGUUAGUGCUUGGAACGUACUUACUCUACGUCGACGGCAAGACAAGCUUCAUCAAGGACAUGAAAACUGACGUGCCUUUUCCGCCUGUGAACACCCAGAACGUUCCGGGAAUCCCCGAGGGGCAUCUUCGACCGCUUGGAUGGCAGAGGAAACCGGAAGGAAAGGUUCGAGAGGAAAAGGAUGCGUUGUCGCCUUCCACGUUCUACAUCAGGUACGUGAAGACCGGAAGGCCCGCCGUGAUGCGAGGGGUCCUGAAAGAAGCCGCAGUAACCGAGAAGUGGGAGGAGGAUAAUUACUUAAAGGAAAAGUACGGAAUGCUGAAUAUGACCAUUACGGUGAAGAAAGAGGUCAUGAACCGAGAUCCACACACAACCAAGCGGCGCAUGCUCUUCCGAAAGUUCCUCAUGGACUAUAAGUACGAGAACUGGUAUCUCACGUCAACAGUUCAUGAAGUCAUGCGGAAAGAACUUCCGCUACCGGACGUGCUCUCGUGUGGGACAUACAGAGAUCGCCUGACGGAAGCAGAAGUGUGGAUGAGUUCCGGUGGCACGGCGUCUCUGCUGCACUCCCAUGGCGACCACAACGUCCACUGUGUGCUGGACGGCCGGAAGGACUUCAUUCUGAUCGAGGACCAGUACCAGAGCGUCUUCAACUUCGAACCCACUUAUCCUAACUCCGGGUCAGGUCAUUCUCCGAUGGACAUGGACAUGAUUAACGCCUACAAGAAUCCCAAGAUAGCAGAGACGCCCUGGGUGUGGUCCACCCUCUGGCAGGGGGACUGCAUCUUCGUACCCGCAGGCUACCUCCAUCAAGUUCGAGCAUUUGGUCGGAGUAUUUCGUACACCGUACAGUUCGCACCCUCGGUUGCAUAUGAGAGUCUAGAUUGUCCGGACGAAUCGGGUAGCGGCAAACGGAAGAAGAAAGAAAAGAAGGCUUCGAAAGGCGAUGCUGAACCGGAAGCUGAGAACAAGAAACUUUCCCUUGCCGAUGUCGAGUUCAUGUGGACGUACAGUGAUGGAGAAAUGCGUCUAAGUGACAGAGCACUUGUACCCCGCUCCCUGAGGCGCUUGCUUCUUCUGUUGCUUCGCGACGGAGAUCAGUUACACAGAGACCAGUUUGUGCACUUCUACGAGGACGCGCAUGCGCAUGAAGCUAAUCUAACUCCGACGCCAGACGAGGUCUUCCACUUGAUGACGCCAAACAACGCGCGCGUGCACCUGUCACGUGACGAGAUUCUCGCGCUGUCCGAGAAUCGUCUGCAGUCCGUUUGCGAACUUCUGAACAAGAAAGAGGCCCGAGUCAAGGACGAACUGUGAUCAACAGGCCACACCGAACUGUGAAUCGAAUGGUGUGAGAACUUAAUUUAGUAGUUAGCUUAUUCAUAAAAAGUGUAAGCAAUAUAGGAUCGGAUUAUGUUUAAGAUGUUUUAUUUUACCAUAUACUUGAAAAAUAUGAUCUCGUUGAAAAUAUUUUACAUGUAGUGCAUUCCAAAAAAAUGUCUAAAAAUAUAUACAUACAUACAUAAUAUUGAGAACAAUGUCGGUUAUAUACACGAAUAUGAUUUACUUAUUAUUUACCGAUCUAAAGUUGGACAAGAUCACAAUGUACAUGAUAUUCACAAAAAGUGCAAAAUAAAUGCCCGUAUGUUCAGAAAUGUACAAUACCCUUCAAUUAUAUAAAAUAUGGUUUGGUUAAUAUAAAUGACCAUAUAACUGUUUUAGGCAUGCUUUUACAAGAAACCUGAUAGGCGAGACUUGGCGAAAAGUACAGCAGAGAGUGCACAUGCAUUGGUGUUUAACAAAAAAAGCUUUUAGCAAAAUAUACAUUAUGAAACGGAGAGAAAUAAAAUAACAAGUGAAAGGAGUAUAGAAGUUUGAGUGUAUGAAUAUGAAAAAUACGUGUAUGAUUAAAUAUGGACAAAAAUUACAUUCACCAUGUAAGAAUCCAAGCAUAUUUAGUCCCUUAAUGAUAGUUAUAACCAUAUUAUUUUCGUUGUUGUAUAUUCGCCCAUAUGGCGUGGUUGUCCUUCCUAUGUAUUAUGCAAGUUUGCAUGUCGAGUAUUUGUAUUUCCAAUUGUAAUAUUCAAUCAUGUAUUCAAUUCAAGUCAAAAAGUAUGUAAAACUUCUGUGAUUAAUGUGGUUAACUUGUUAUCUGUUGAAGCAUUAUUUUAAAGCACUGGAUUGAUUUGUUAUGCACAGAAAUAAUUAUCUUACAAUCAUGAUUCCAAAACCAGAAACGCUAUAUUGUUACCUUCAACGGUUUAUCCAUUCUUUCAUAUUGUUUAAGUUACUUACACAUAUCAUGUUCAUUAUGAUGUUGUUCAAUAUGUCACUGCCGCACACUGUAAAAUGAUGCAACUGCCGGAAACUUUGCAAUAUAGUAUGCAUAUAUGAUAUACCCAUGCAUUUUCCAGAUUUCUUUAUUGACGUUAGUGUUCAAAUGCACUAUGUUUAAUUUAUCAUAUUAAAGAUGUAUGUGUCCGCUUCAAAUGUAUAUUUGUGUGCGCGUGCUUGCAAGUAUGUCUGUGAGCUCGUAUGCGCGCGUGUGUGUGGGGUCCUUGAUCUUAGUGGUCCAAUUGCAAACGAUCAACGUGUUGUUUAUUCAUAUAUGAUAUACGUGUACACGGUACUUUGUGUUGUUGUAUGCUUCAGACAAUCGACUUUCAUUAGAAAAUAAACGUAGUUUAUGUUCCUACUGACUUGAAUAUUGCAAUAAAUACAAAUUUGUUGCAUUCGUGGAAGAAA